GCGAGUCGCUGCAAAGCGAAAUUUUCCUAUAUAACCAAACGCUGCCGUAAAGAACCGUAACCCUAACUCUCUACUUCACUACUCACCACCCGCCCUUCCUAUUUUAGUUUAUAUACUCCCUCCAAAACCCUAGCGCUUUCACUCGCCGCCGCCAAUUUCAACCAAUAGAUUCUUGAUAAGACUCGAAAGCGAUGUCAGACGACGAGAGAGAGGAGAAGGAGCUGGAUCUCAGCUCCUCUGAAGUUGUUACAAAAUACAAGGGCGCUGCUGAGAUUGUUAACAAAGCGUUACAAUUAGUUGUAAAAGAAUGUAAGCCCAAAGCUAAGAUUGUUGACAUUUGUGAGAAGGGUGAUGCAUUUAUAAGAGAGCAAACAGGUAAUAUGUACAAGAAUUCUAAGAAGAAGAUUGAGAGGGGUGUUGCCUUCCCUACUUGUCUCUCUGUAAACAACACAGUCUGCCAUUUCUCUCCACUUGCUAGUGACACCUCGGAGUUGGAAGAAGGUGAUAUGGUCAAGAUUGACAUGGGUUGCCACAUUGAUGGGUUUAUUGCGGUAGUUGCUCAUACUCAUGUUGUUCAGAGCGGGCCAAUCACUGGUAAGCAGGCUGAUGUUGUUGCUGCUGCAAAUACUGCUGCUGAAGUGGCCUUGAGGCUUGUAAGGCCUGGAAAAAAGAACAAAGAUGUAUCUGAUGCAAUUCAGAAGGUAGCUGCAGCUUAUGAUUGCAAAAUUGUUGAAGGUGUUCUUAGCCAUCAACUGAAGCAGUUUGUGAUAGACGGGAACAAAGUCAUACUAAGCGUCUCCAAUCCAGAUACAAGAGUUGAUGAUGCAGAGUUUGAGGAGAAUGAAGUUUAUGCUGUAGAUAUAGUUGCAAGCACUGGUGAAGGCAAGCCAAAGUUGUUGGAUGAGAAGCAGACAACUAUUUAUAAGAGAGCUGUCGACAAGAACUAUCAUUUAAAGAUGAAGGCCUCUAGAUUUAUUUUCAGCGAGAUAAAUCAGAGAUUCCCCAUCCUGCCAUUCACCGCUCGUGCCUUGGAAGAGAAAAGGGCUCGUCUAGGUUUAGUUGAAUGUGUGAAUCACGAUCUCUUGCAGCCAUACCCUGUUCUCUAUGAGAAGCCUGGUGAUUAUGUUGCUCAUAUCAAAUUUACAGUAUUGCUAAUGCCAAAUGGAUCAGAUCGGAUUACAUCCCAUCCCCUGCAAGAACUGCAGCCAACCAAGACGAUAGAUGAUCCCGAAAUCAAGGCCUGGUUGGCUUUGGGAACAAAGACAAAGAAGAAAGGUGGUGGGAAGAAGAAGAAAGGUAAGAAGGGUGAUAAAGCUGAGGGUGGAGCUGAGGGUGAGGCCAUGGAUGCAUCGACAAAUGGUGGUGCAUCAUAAGGAAACAAUAAUAAAAAUGUUUUUGCGCAUAUUUUCUAAUCUGCCCUUUUAUAUAUUAUGAUGAUUGUCAAAAUUUUUGAUACUGUGUUCACUUGUAGCUUGUUGGUUAUGAGUUCAAAUUUUAAUAUCGAGUAGUUUUUUUUAUUUUAUGGCAUGACAUCCACUUGGAGUCUUGUGUUUGUGUGUGAUGUGCAACUUAAUAGGAAAUUAAAUGUGCUUCAUUUCUCUA